AUGCUUAAUCGAUUUUCUAACAUUGUUAACGAGUUAGAGUCUCUUGGAAAGUAUAUUUCAUCUGAGGAACAGGUUCGCAAAAUUUUAAGGAGCUUGCCAAAGGAGAAACGGACGGCUAAAGUAACUGCUCUCCAAGAAACCAAAGAUUUCACCAAGUUCAAUCUAGAGCGACUAGCUGGUUCAUUGUUAACCCAUGAACUCCAGUUAGGAACUCAAUAUGGUGAAAGUUCCAAAAAUCGGGCACUUGCUCUAAAGGAUGAUAAAGAGGAAGAAGAAGAUGAAGACUUUAAUGUAGAAGAAAUUAUGAAGCUUGUUCGAAAAUUCAAGAGGAUGUACAAAAAUCUGAAAUCGAACAAAACCAAAGGUAAAAAUUCUUUUAAUUCUAAAUUUGAAUCUGGUUUCUAUAAAUGUGGUAGCUUAGAUCACUAUAUUAAAGAGUGUCCCUCUUGGAAACAAGAAUCUAAACUCGAAGAGGAAUUUUGGGACAACGGAACUGCUCAAUUAUGUCUAAUGACCAAAUUUGACUUUAAGUCUAAAACAGAGUUAAGUAUUAAUAAGUCUAAUGUGUGUUCAAGAAAGGAACUCAAGAAAAUGUGGGUUCCUAAUUCUAACAACUAG